AAAACGCAGCAAGCUCUAAAUUUCUGCGGUGCGGAGCGCACGUGCGUGGUGGUUUGUUGUGUUGUGCCAAGUUCUUCAAAUACUCUAUGAAAUGCGUCCCCUCACGAGCGAAGAAACUCGAACAUUUUUCGAUAAGCUCUCCAAAUACAUAUCCGAGAAUAUCAAGCUUCUCAUUGACAGGCCAGAUGGUACUUACUGCUUUAGGCUCCAUAAAGACAGAGUGUAUUACGUAAGCGAAAAGAUCAUGAAGCUGGCCAACAACGUCGCUCGGGAGAACCUCAUCAGCAUGGGCACUUGCUUCGGCAAGUUCACCAAGUCUGGAAAGUUUCACUUGCAUAUCACCGCCUUGGACUAUCUGGCUCCAUACGCGAAGCAAAAGGUCUGGCUCAAACCAAGCGCAGAGCAGCAGUACCUCUACGGCCACCAUGUGUUGAAGUCUGGUCUGGCAAGAAUCACAGAGAACACCAACACAUAUGACGGUGUUGUUGUCUACUCCAUGAGUGACAUUCCCCUGGGUUUUGGUGUUGCAGCAAAGUCCACACAGGAGUGCAGACGUGCAGACCCCAUGACCAUAGUUGUGUUCCACCAGGCGGAUGUGGGAGAGUACAUUCGCUCCGAAGACACGCUCACAUGAUAAGCUGUCGUUAUGUUUCAUCCUAAAUAUAUUUCAAAUUUAC